AUUACACCGUCAAGUCAGUUUCAACUUUCUGACAAGUACUUGCUUGUUCGACAGAGAAAAGCAGCAUACCGAAAUGAGGCCUUGAAGCCUUGAAGCCUUGAGGACUCAUCGACGAAUCACAAUUUCAUCAUGACAAACUCCUACAUGAGGUUCCACCUCAGGAGUCGUCAGGUACACUCGGCGUUGUUUCAAAUGUAGAUCUCAAACUCGUGGCUCAGUGCAGGCCAUUGCUGUUUAAAGCGGGAGAGCGGGAGGCAUAAGAGAUUGCUAUCGCUUCCCUGAUACUAUCACGAUGGUCGACAAGAAACAGGCCCCUCAAGAUACUUUCGACGUCCUCCAAUGGAACAUGAUUCACGCUCAUGACGUUUUUAAGGCUGGUUGCGACAGUAUCCUUCGACAUCUAGAUAAUCCGCCACGAGAUGACCUCGCCAACUUCCUUGGAUAUUGUCUGGCAUGGGCGGAAUCCAUUAUAGAACACCAUGACGCGGAAGAAAAGAUUGUAUUUCCAUUCCUGAAUACAAAGCUUGACUUCUCAGGCGAGAUUGAGCAGCAUAAGGCUGUUCACGCACCUCUCAAAGCGAUGGUUGCCAUGAUUCAUGAAGCGCAAGCGGACUUGACCAAGUUUGAUCCUCAGCAAUUCAAAGAGCUCGUCGUACCACUUCGCGUCCCGCUGUUCAACCAUCUGGAUGACGAAGUCAGUCACAUAGGCGCAGACUCGCUCAAAGUCUUUGACGAACCAGCUUUGAGGAAAAUGUGCACUGACAUGGACUCCUACUCCAAGUCACAUGGAGAUCCGUUCAUGAUUGUACCUUUCAUGCGCAGUCAUACGCCGCCAGAAUUCAAGGACCAUUGGCCGGUUAUGCCUUGGGUCCUCCGAAAGCUCGUCGUUCCUAUUCUAGCCUUACGGCACUCAGGGUAUUGGAAGUUUUCGCCAUAUGCGGUUUCUUGAAAGCUUUUCUGUUGACUUCAUACUCCUUGCCUCGCGUUGGACACAUCUCAAGAUUUGCAUGCCGCUUAGGUACCUUUUUCAUAUGAUCGACUUUUGUUCCACGACUUCCUUAGCUCGUUAUGCCGUGCUGUGAAAGUGGUCCCGUCUCAUCACAUCUGAGACUUAUGUAUUUUGCUUUGACAAAAAUGUGCCCCGUUUCCACUGUGCAUUGAGGCCUCUUAAGCUGAUCGAGUUGGGGUGUUCUCUUGGAGGAUGCUUUUAGUUAUCGAAGCCCCUUUUCGAAGUCCUGGAUAUGACAGAACCGACCCUUGGUUUUGCAAGGGAGACGCAAACUAUCUCGGUCAUAUUAUGCUUUCUAUCCAUCAUCUGUUUGACAUCGACUCAGUCGUGAUCACUAUAUUAUCACCUUGACCCAUUAAAAUCCUCUGUUUCAA